AUGGGCCCCGUUGCCACCCCUUGCGGCCACGUCGCCGCCCUUCGCGGCCCCGUCGCGGCCUCUAGCGGCCCCGUCGCCGCCCUUCGCGGCCCCGUCGCCGCCUCUACCGGCCCCGUCGCCGCCCUUUGCGGCCCCGUCGCUGCCUCUGCCGGCCCCGUCGCCACCCUUCGUGGCCCCCUGUUCCUACAGUGCGAUAGGGCAGACGGCCUCUCCCUGUUCGAUCUCACCUCUGGUGCCUCUCCUGCCCCGCCUACUGAUGCUGACAGCACUGUUCGCUCACAGUGGGCCACACGCGAUGCUGCUGCCUCUCUUGCUGUGCGUCGCCACUUACCGACCACUGAGCGUGCGCACUUUAGUCAGUACAAGAGUGCUAAGACCUUGUACGACGCUGUAGUUGCACGCUACUCUUCCCCUGCCACUGCUGCUCUUAGCCGCCUCAUGCUGCUGUACCUGUUCCCUGACCUUGCUGCCUUUCCCAUAGUCGCUGACCUCAUUACGCACCUUCGCACUAGUGACACUCCCUACCGCGCUGCGCUUCCUGCUGAGUUCUGUGCCAAGAACCACCCCCCCAUGUACAUCACCCUCUACUACAUAGUCACCCGGCUCCCUGACUCCCUUCGUUUAGUCAGGGACCACUUCCUCUCAGUUUGCCCCACCACUCUCACCGUUGACCUCCUCGAGGAGCGCCUCCUAGCGAUAGAGAAGAGCAUAGUCGCUGUAGGAGCCUCUCGUGGUGACCUUCGCACCCCCGUCUUUGAGGGGUGUUCCCCCUCCCCCCUUUUGCCCUCUGUUGCUUCUGCUGCUCUGGCUGACCUCGUUGGCAUCGAGUCGGUCGCGCCGCGUCUGCCCCUAGCGGGAGACGCCGCACCAACAAGGGCAAGGGGGGCAAGGCCGCUGGAGGGGCUGGCGGGGGCGGUGGAGGUGGUGGUGGAGGCAGUGGAGAGGGUGGGGGAGGUGGUGGGAGUGGUGGCGGGGGUGGAGGUGUCAGUGGCAGCAGUGGAGGCGGAGGAGGCGGCGGCGGUGGCGGAGGGAGCAGAGGCGGCGGAGGUGGCGGAGGCGGUGGAGGUGGCGGAGGCGGCGGCGGCAGCGGUGGAGCUGGUCGCGGCUCUGCGCAGAGGAGUGGUUCCGGUGGUGGUCCGUGCCAGCAGCAGCAACGCGCUCGUGAGACCCCGUCCCCUCAGCAGCUUCGUCAGUGGUACGAUGCGCGUCAGCGAGUGCGGGGGCCCGCACUCCACCCAGCGCUGCUUCGGCCGCCUGACGGACGCGUGGCGUCACCAGUUCCCUGACGCCACUGAGAUCCCUCGCUGGGGAGAGCUGUCUAGGGCGGGGGUUGCUAUCUUUGAUCUUGAUUAUGAUGCUAUUCUUGCUGCCAUGUAUGCUGUGUCUACUAGUGAUGAGGGUGACUGUUACCUGUGUGUUCUGCCUGACCCGGGCAUUGAGGCUGCUGCUCUAGGUGCUGGCGAGGCUGCUGCUCUAGGUGCUAGUGCGUCUGCUGCCCCAAGUGCUGGAGAGUCUGCUCUCUCAGGUACCACGUCGGCUCAGGCCUUACACACCUUCACCCUUGACUCGGGUGCUUCCCGCUCCUUCUUUCGAGACCGCACCACGCUUACGCCGCUUAGUCGGCCGGUUGCGGUCUCCCUGGCGGACCCCUCUGGGGGUCCUGUCCUUACUAGCUUCUCCACCAUCUUACCGUGCUCGGCAGCCCCUGUAAGGAUCUAG